GUAGUAUACCAGCUUGUACCGAGUACCGCAGGAAGUUGUAGACUGUGGGAGCAGAGCGCAGUGCGCAACCAAAUGGGCCGUGGUCUCUAACUCAUAACGAAUGGGCCGCCUCCUACUGCUGCUGUCGCUCGCGCCCCGGACCGUCGGAGGGUUCCAGCCGAUGCGUGUGCGAGAGGCGCCCCGCGCCGCCGUCGUCGCGCGCGGCAUCCCGAAGAUGUUUCGUUGGCUCACGGACCAGUACCCGGCGAUCAUGGAGCGCAUGGCCGACGGCCUGCCGGCGCAGCAGAAAAAGUCGGACGUCGACGACCUGUACCUCGACAUGAACGGCAUCAUCCACAUGUGCACGCACGGCAACGACCCCGAGAUCGCGGAGACCAGCGCGCGCGACCAGCUCGUGCGCAUCUUCGCCUUCACGGACAAGGUCUGCAAGAUCGUCGCCCCCAAGCGCACGAUCGUCCUCGCCGUCGACGGCGUCGCGCCGCGCGCGAAGAUGAACCAGCAGCGGAGCCGCCGGUUCCGCUCGGCGAAGGAGCGCGAGGAGCUGCGCGCGGAACUCGUCGCGGCCGGCCGCGACGUGCCGGCCGACGCCGACGCUUUCGACUCGAACUGCAUCACGCCCGGCACGGCGUUCAUGGCCCAGCUCGGCGAGGCCUUCGAGGCGUGGCUCGCGCACAAGGGCGCCAACGACCCGUUCUACGAGUCGGUGGAAAUCGUGUUUUCGGGCCCCGACGUCGCGGGCGAGGGCGAGCACAAGGUCAUGGACUUUAUUCGGGCGCGGCAGAAGACGGAAACGCGGGGCUCGGCGAAGCACUGUUUCUACGGCUUGGACGCGGACCUGAUCAUGCUCGGGCUCGUGACGCACGAACCGAAAUUUCUCUUGUUGAGGGAGAAGAUGUCCGUGCGGCACGCGCGGCGGGGGCGGAAGCCCAAGGAUCCGCUGGAGUACACGCGGUACGACUUCGAACUGCUCGAGGUGGGCUUGCUGCGGGACAUGCUGCGACUGCAGUUCGACGAGGACCGGGACGUCGAGCGGCUCGUCGACGACUUCGUGUGCCUGUGCAUGCUGGUCGGCAACGACUUCCUGCCGAACGUGCCGCACCUGGAGAUCGCGGACGGGUCCCUGGACCUGAUGAUGUCGACGUACAAGGAGCUGCGCCCGGCGCUGGGCGGCUUCGUGUCCCGUAAAGAAGCGAUCCACCUGCCGCGCCUCGAACUUGUGUUUCGGAGCCUCGCGGCCUUUGAACCGCAGUACUUCGCCCGGCGGGGGCUGCAGGAGCAGAACGAGGCCUACCAGUCCCGGGACUACGCGGACGCGUACUACGCGGCCAAGUUCGGCAUCGCGCCGGGCGACGCCGGGGCGCGGCGCCGCGUCGUCCGCGACUACGUCCUGGGCCUCCACUGGUGCCUGCGCUACUACCACGGGGGCUGCCGGAGCUGGGACUGGUUCUACCCGCACCUCUACGCGCCGCUCGCCUCGGACGUGGUCGACCUGGCGGACCUCGCGCUCGAGUUCCCCUCGUCGUCCUCGAGGCCGGUGCCCCCGCUCGUCCAACUCAUGUCCGUGCUGCCGGCGCAGUCCUCCCGGCUCCUGCCGGAACCCUACGCCGCGCUGAUGACUUCGCCGGCGUCGCCGCUGCGGGAGUUCUACCCCGCGGACUUCGAGGUCGAUCCGAACGGCAAGGCCCAGCCCUGGGAGGCGGUGGUCCUCAUCCCGUUCAUCGACGAGGCCCUGAUGGCGCAGACGCUCGCGGCCGUCGACCACGCGCGCGCAUUGACGCCCGCGGAGCGGCGCCGGAACCGGGCGCGCGCGUCGCCGUGGACGUCGGGCGGCGGGUAGGGUGUGUGUCCUCCUUGUUUUUUUGGGGGGCGCCGGCCGUGAAUCAACCUAGGUAGCCUGAGCACAUGCGGCACAUGUGGGGGGUCCACAUUUUGCUUCUAAAGGACACGAGACGCGGGG